CCCCUCUGGAGUGAGUUAGCGAUGCAGCAGUGCUGGAUUAUAGCACACUCUCCUGUCCGAAAGGGUGCUAUUCUGACAGACAAGAAAGCCAUGGCAUUCUAGAUUUGUGUGUUCCACGAUGGCCAUAGGAACCCAGCUGUACCUCCUGUUGUGGAAGAACUUCAGCUACCGCAGGAGGAACAAGGUCCAGCUGAUCAUUGAGCUGCUUUGGCCACUCUUCCUGUUCCUCAUUCUCAUCUCCGUACGCAACUCCAACCCUCCUUACAAACAGAGCCAAUGUCACUUCCCCAACAAGCCCCUCCCCUCUGCUGGCACCUUGGCAUGGGUGCAGGGCAUCAUCUGCAACAUUAACAAUCCAUGCUUUCACUAUCCAACUCCAGGAGAGACACCAGGCCAAGUUGGGAACUUUGAUAACUCCAUACUUUCUCGACUCUUGGUGGAUGCUAGAAAUGUCCUCACCAGUGCUGGUAAUCAGGCCGCCCUCUCAUCCUUGGAUGAUCUCUCACUUGCCGUUCAGAGACUGGGAGAGAGCCAGGAUGCUUGGCCAAAUUUCCCAGUGGGAGAAUACCUCAGAGCCAACGAGACAUUUUCCUCCUUCUUGCGGACCAGCUGCAAUGUUCCUUCUAAAUCUGUGGACCAGUUACUGAAGGCACGACUCAACCUCCAGGUGGUUGCUCUGAUAGGUUCUGGUUUACGUCUGUCUGAGCUGGUCUGUAAUGCCACUCUCUUGGGCCAUUACCUCACUGUGGAAGGAAACAUCUCUUUCUCCCAGUUGCAGCAGGAUUUGUGUGCUGUUCCCUCAGAUUUGCUGCAGCAAGCUGAACAGAUAUUCCUCUCACAGAUGGACUUCCGCAAGAUUUUUACAAGGGAGCAGCUUCGCUCCAGUGCUCUCAACCUGCGGUCGCUAAGCCAGGCUGCCUCUUCUGUAGCUCGGGAACUGGCUUCCAUCAUGGACAGUAUUUCCUCUCUGUCCAGCUUCUCUCAGCUGAACACAGAACUCGGGCUACUGUCUCAGGAAAAUCACUCAGCACUGCCACAAGAGAGCUUCAAAGCCUUCUCCAGGAUAAUGUGUGGUCACCCUGAAGAGGAUGGGGAGAGCAUUCCUUCCUUUAACUGGUAUGAAGACCAAGACAUCAAGUUUUUCCUGGGCAGAAACCGGUCUGAGGAAACCAACUUGGACAACGACAACACUACCAGUCCAUUCUGUAAAAGUGUGAUUCAAAACCUUGAAUCGAAUCCUGUCUAUCGCAUAGUGUGGAGAGGCAUUAAGCCACUUUUCAUCGGAAAACUUCUCUACACACCAGAUACUCCCACUACACGGCAUAUUAUGAAAGAGGUGAACAGGACAUUCCAGGCACUGAACAUUCUGGAGGAUGUAUACAGUGCAUGGGAGGAGACAGGACCCAGGAUCAAGAACUUCAUGGAGAGGAGCUCGGAGAUCCGACUGCUGAAGGAUUUGCUGAGACGGCCUGAGGUGGCUGUGGUGGUAAACCUGCAGCUGGAAAACACAUCGUGGACAGCAUCUCGCAUUGUCCACUUUCUCUCCACACCUGAUCCAGACACUCCCAGGAGAGAAGAAGCGCCUCUCACCUGGGUGGACUUGUAUCAGAAUUUCAAUAGUACCCUUAGCACCUUGUCACAGCUUUCAAAGUGUUUCUCCAUGAAUAAGCUGGAAGGAGCAGCUACAGAAGGGGAGCUGGUUGAGCGGGCCCUGGCACUGCUGGAAGAUCGGCAAUUUUGGGCCGGAAUAGUCUUCCUCCUCCCAGACCCCUCCUCCCCAACCCUCCCUCCUCAUGUCAAGUACAAGAUCCGCAUGGACAUAGAUGACAUUACACGCACCAAUAAAAUCAAAGACAAAUUCUGGGACCCUGGUCCUGCCGCAGAGCCUUUCAGUGACAUGCGAUACAUAAGGGGAGGCUUUGUGUAUGUGCAGGAUUUAGUGGAGCGAGCAAUAACAAGUGUGCUCAGUGGCAAACAACCAACUACUGGGAUAUAUGUGCAGCAAAUGCCCUACCCAUGCUUUGUGGAUGAUGUCUUCUUGCGUGUGCUGAAUCGUUCACUCCCUCUCUUCCUGACACUGGCAUGGACCUACUCAGUGGCCAUGAUCAUCAAGUGUGUGGUGUAUGAGAAGGAGGCACGGCUAAAGGAGACAAUGAGGAUUAUGGGACUGGGCUCAAAAACGCUGUGGCUCAGCUGGUUCAUCAGCAGUUAUCUGCAGUUCCUCAUCAGCUCUGUCCUCCUUGUUACUGCGCUGAAGAUUGGAGACAUCUUGCCCUAUAGUGACCCUGUGGUGGUCCUCUUCUUCUUCACUGCCUUUGCCACAGCUACUAUCAUGCUGUGCUUCCUCAUCAGCACAUUCUUCUCCCGUGCUAACCUGGCAGCAGCCUGUGGAGACCUUGCAUACUUCUCUCUUUACCUACCCUAUGUGCUGUGCGUGUCCUGGAGGGAAUACCUCACCAGCACACACAGAAUCCUAGCAAGCUUCUUCUCUCCAGUAGCCUUUGGCUUUGGCUGUGAGUACUUAUCACUGUAUGAGGAGCAGGGAUUGGGCAUUCAGUGGUCCAACAUGCUGUCCAGUCCUACAGAAGGAGACAAAUACAACUUGAUUACCUCAAUUAUAAUGCUGUAUGUGGAUGCCUUCAUCUAUGGUGUGGCCACCUGGUACAUUGAAGCUGUGUUUCCAGGGCAGUAUGGAAUACCCAGACCAUGGUACUUUGCCUUCCAGAUGAAUUACUGGGCAGGAGCACCACUGGAGGCUGGCUUGCCCAUUCCUCCUGCGCCCCAAGAUGAGUCAGACAAUGGAAUUGAGGCUGAGCCUGAUCUUGUUCUUGGAGUAGCCAUACAUGACUUGGUCAAAAUUUAUAAAAAGGGAGCCAAACUUGCUGUCAAUCACCUGAGCCUGAAGUUUUAUGAGGGCCAGAUCACUUCAUUCCUGGGUCAUAAUGGAGCUGGCAAGACAACCACACUAUCCAUUCUGACCGGACUGUUUCCCCCAACUUCCGGUUCAGUGUUCAUUAAAGGCAUGGACAUCCACACAGACAUGAGCGAAAUCCGCAGAAUGCUGGGAGUGUGUCCCCAACACAACGUCCUCUUCGAUGUGCUAACUGUGGAGGAGCAUGUGUGGUUCUAUGGCCGUCUGAAAGGAAUGAGCAGUACUGAAGUAAAGGAGGAGAUGGACUCCCUGCUGGAGGAUGUGGGACUUACACACAAACGCCAUGAGCGGACCAAGAAUCUCUCAGGAGGCAUGAAGAGAAAGCUCUCUGUGGCUAUAGCCUUCAUAGGAGGGUCCAAGGUUGUGAUCCUAGAUGAACCUACUGCUGGCGUUGACCCCUACUCACGGCGUGGGAUCUGGGACCUGCUGCUCAAAUACCGCAAAGAUCGUACCAUCAUUCUGUCUACACACUAUAUGGAUGAAGCUGAUCUCCUAGGCGAUCGCAUUGCAAUCAUCUCACAGGGCAAGCUAUGCUGCUGUGGCUCUUCACUCUUCCUAAAAGCACAUCUGGGCACAGGCUACUACCUCACUGCUGUGAAGAAGGAGUUUCAGAGCCAGACAGCAAGCAGCACCAGCAGCGAAAAGCUCUCAGCAACCACACUUGUGAAGGACAGCGAUUCUUCAAGAAGUGAUGACACUGGACUUGGAAGUGAGGUCAAUGGAUUAGGUCUUCCUCCAGAUGUAAAUGGUCUCAUAGCUCUAGCUCAGCAGCACAUCCCUGCGGCUCAGCUGGUAGAGGACGUUGGCAGAGAGGUGGUGAUUAACCUUCCACACGCUGCCUCAGAAGAUGGCACUUUGGCCCUCUUCCUGGCAGAGCUAGACAAACGACAGGCUGAGUUUGGCAUCGUCAGCUAUGGCCUGUCCGACACCACACUAGAGGAGAUCUUUCUGAAAGUGGCAGAGGAUACUGGUGUAGAUGCUGAGCCGAAUGAGGCAGUGACCCAGCCUACAGUACCUCCAAGCCAGCGAGAGGAGCCACCGGAGGACAGAGACGCAGGAUGGAAACGUCAAAACAGGACAGAGGCCCAGGAGACAGACCCGCUGAGCGGCGACGGCCAGGGCAGUGUGCCCCUCACAGGCUGGGGCUUGACCUGGCAGCAGCUCAGAGCGCUCUUCACUAAGAGGCUACUGUAUGCCCGACGAAGCCGCAGAGGCUUCAUAGCUCAGAUUGUCCUGCCUGCAGUCUUUGUUCUGAUCUCUCUGCUGUUUACCCUGAUUGUCCCACCUAUGGGAAAAUAUCCCCCUCUAGAGCUGCAGCCGUGGAUGUAUGGUGAACAGUUCACCUUCUACAGCAAUGAUGCCCCACAGGACACUACCAUCCAGAAUCUUCUGAAUGCUCUUCUGGACCCUCCUGGGUUUGGGACCAAAUGCAUGGAUUCAGACAUGGAGUCCCAGUGUGAAGUAGAUAAGGCCGGGACUGUGUUCCUACGUCCCCAGAUCCUCUUCUCCAUGUGGGAGUUGUUUAACAAGCCAAACUGGACAGAGGAGCAUCCAUCUCCAGAGUGUGAGUGCAGCACUGAUGAGGCCCGCAGAAUGCUGCCUGAGUGCCCAGUGGGAGCAGGAGGACUACCCCCUCCACAGAUAAAGAGAUCUACAGGUGACAUACUGCAGAAUUUGACUGGACGCAAUAUAUCUGACUACCUCGUCAAGACUUAUCCUCAGAUUAUGAAAAAAAGCUUGAAGACUAAAAAGUGGGUGAACGAGUUCAGGUAUGGAGGUUUCUCUCUGGGUGGUAAAGGUUCUCAGACUUUGAUUGAGAGUCACCAACUGGAGGAGUCUAUAAUGGCUAUCAGAACCCAGUAUAGGAUAGCAGAGAAUAGCUCACUGAAUCAGCUUCUGGACAGAUUACCCAGCUUUCUCACUGGUUUCAGUAGUCAACAUAAUGUUAAGGUGUGGUUUAAUAACAAAGGUUGGCAUGCAAUGGUGUCAUUUGUCAACAUUAUGAACAACGGACUGCUUCGGGCCAGCCUCUCUCCUGGACCAGCCAGAAUGACGCAUGGCAUAACAGCCUACAACCACCCACUGAACCUCACCAAGGAACAGCUUACCGAAAUGACCUUGAAGACCACAUCAGUGGAUGUCCUGUUGUCCAUAUGUGUAAUUUUUGCCAUGUCUCUUGUGCCCGCGAGUUUUGUGCUCUUUCUUAUUGAGGAGAGGGUCAGCAAAGCUAAACAUCUCCAGUUUGUUAGUGGAGUCAAGCCCAUCCUGUACUGGACUGCAAACUUUGUCUGGGACAUGCUGAACUACACUGUGCCAGCUACCCUGGUUUUGUUCAUCUUCAUAGGCUUUCAGCAGGAGGCCUAUGUGUCAGAAAAAAACCUUCCUGCACUAGUGCUGUUGCUCCUGCUAUAUGGAUGGUCCAUCACUCCUCUCAUGUACCCUGCCUCGUUCGUGUUCUCUGUGCCCAGCACGGCCUAUGUGACCCUCACCUCCAUCAACAUCUUCAUCGGAGUCAAUGGCAGCAUAGCCACCUUCGUCUUGGAGCUCUUUCCUGAUGAGCAUUUAAAGGAGGUUAGCAAGAUCCUAAAGAAGAUCUUUCUGAUCUUUCCUCACUUCUGUCUGGGUCGGGGUCUUAUUGAUAUGGCUAAAAACCAGGCGAUGGCGGAUGCUUUCCAGAGGCUUGGAGCCAAGCAGACAGUGGAGCCACUGGCCUGGGAUUUUGUGGGGAAGAACUUAUUUGCUAUGGCAGUGGAGGGGAUUGUCUUCUUUAUUUUCACUGUACUCUUACAGUACAAUUUUUUUGUGCGAUUUAGGCUGCCAUGGUUUAACCCUGUACUGCCACCUUUGGGUUCUGAGGAUGAGGAUGUAGCACGGGAGAGAGACCGGGUGAAGAGCGGAAGAACUCAGGAGGAUAUUCUUACUCUCAUAGACUUGAGCAAGGUUUAUAAAGCAGGCAAAAAGCCAGCAGUGAACCAGCUUUGUCUUGGAAUUCCUAGAGGAGAGUGUUUUGGGCUUCUUGGCGUUAAUGGGGCUGGGAAGACUUCUACUUUCCUCAUGCUGACUGGAGACACCAGGGUCACUUAUGGAGAAGCUUUCCUUUGCAGUCACAGUGUGUUGACUGAGAUGGACAGGGUGCAUCAGCUUAUGGGCUACUGUCCUCAGUUUGAUGCCAUCUGUGACCUUUUGACUGGGAGAGAGCACCUGGAGUUCUACGCUCGACUGAGAGGAGUCCCUGAAGCAUAUGUGGCAAAGGUGGCUCAGUGGGGGGUGAAAAAGCUGGGACUAACCCAGUAUGCUGAUCGAGAAGCAGGAGGCUACAGUGGUGGCAAUAAACGUAAACUCUCAACUGCCAUUUCUCUUAUCGGAGCUCCACCAGUUAUUUUUCUGGAUGAGCCCACAACAGGAAUGGACCCCAAGGCUAAGCGCUUUCUUUGGAACUGCAUCCUCAGUGUCAUCAAAGAAGGCAGAGCGGUCAUUCUCACAUCUCACAGCAUGGAAGAGUGUGAGGCACUCUGCACUCGUAUGGCCAUCAUGGUCAACGGUGGUUUCCGGUGCCUUGGUUCAGUACAGCACCUCAAGAACAGGUUUGGAGAUGGCUACACUAUUAUGCUUCGCUUGUCAGCACCCAAAAAAGAACCCUGCCCAGUGGAUGCCUAUAUCAAGAACUCCUUCCCUGAAAUAGAGCUAAAAGAGAGACACCACAACGUUCUGCAGUAUCAGCUGCCAUCUCAUGCCUGCUCUCUUGCUCGUGUGUUUGAUGUUCUGUCGAACAAUUAUGAAGAGCUGGGAAUAGCAGACUAUUCCAUUUCUCAGACCACACUGGACCAGGUAUUUGUCAACUUUGCCAAGGAGCAGACGGAUGACGAUGACCAGCUAACAGGAGUAGGUGUAAAUGGUGGAUUGGUGGCAGCUCAAACCCACAGACCUCAGCCAUCCAGAAGAAGUGUCCAACCUCAAACCACCACUCAACUAGUCCGAUCUCCGGAAUCCAGCAGGUCACCCUCCCCAGCCAAGCCAGCUCAGCCAUCUUGUUCCCGAUCAUCAAGCAAAUCCACUCAGUCAAGAGCUGGAGGUUCAAAGAACAAAGAAGGCAAACACACCAGGCCAUCAGAAGCCAAGCAACUUCAGCAGAUACAAAUGCAGCCUGUGUUGGAGUCUUCAGUCAGUGGACCGAAGCCCACACAAGAAGAGAGCUCUAGAAGCAAAGACCCUGCCAAGCUUUUUCUGGUGAAGCCCAAAACACAGGACAGCAAGAUGUGAGCUGGUUAUGGGCUGUUCAAAGAAGAAAAGCAAAUUAAUGAAUAACAGAAGUGUUGGAGAAAAAUGAAAUCAUUAUUCCUCAUCUUUUCUGACAUACACCGAUCAGGCAUAACAUUACGACCUAUGUCCUUGUCUCUACGCUCCUUGUCCAUUUUAUCAGCUCCACUUACUGUUGAGGUGUACUUUUAGUUCUACAAUUACAGACUGUGGUCCAUCUGUUUCUCUACAUACUUUGUAAGCCCCCUUUUACCUCAUGGACCCUCAAA